AUGAAUUUAUUAAACAUCGCUAAACAACUUCUUUAUUUGGCUGAAACUGAAUACACAUCUGAAAAUUCUAAUGGAAUUGCAGGUGAAACACUCGACUAUGGAACGAGUGAUCACCGACCAGUAGUUUACAAAUCCGAUUUUAUUCUCUUUGAUCACACAAACUAUUGGAUUGAACAAAUCAAACUAGGAUCAUCGCUUAUUUGACCUUCGGCACUUCCCUUUUAUAAACUUGCCGUUAACAACACGCACAUCACAGCUCAGAAAGAAAUCGUAGAAGAACUAGGUAAAUAUUAUAAAGAUUUACUAAAACAAAUACCUUUGGAACAAGCUAGUGAACAUGAUAAGAUAGUAGCAACCGAAUAUAUAAAAAUUUUAAAAGAAAUUGAAACCACACAUAAAAAUAUCAGACCAACAACAGCAUUAGAAAUCAAAAGGAUUAUUAAAGACCUGAAACCGAAAAAGUCGGCAGGUCUAGAUGACAUUUCAAACUUUAUGAUUAAGAGACUUCCACCAGCGUAUAUAGAAUGUUUAUGUACAUGCUUUAAUGAGUGGCUGGGUACAUUUCAAUACUCAGAGGAAUGGAAAAUAGCAUGUAUCAUAACAUUAAACAAAUUAAAAGCAGGAAUCCCCAGUAGCGAUCAAACCCGUCCAAUAUCUCUACUCUCGAUGGUAUGGCACAUGGGACUAAUCGUAAAACUUUAUAGAGCACGAAUGCCAGUAGAACUGUUAAAAAUUGUUAUUAACUGGUUAGAAGCAAGAAAAGCAUACAUCAGUUUUGGGAACGAAAAGUCAGACGUCUUCUCUACGUACAUAAGUCUACCACAAGGAAGUUCUCUAAGUCCCUACAUUUUCAUAAUUUUUCAUGCUGAUAUUGUAAACUGUGUGGGAGCGUUCUCCACACACAUAUUUGCAGAUGAUCUUAGCACACUAAUUGCUCCUCCUAUCCAAAAAAGGUACCAAGAUAUGAUCAGUUUCAUUAACUCAGCAGGGUCUCAAGUCUGUCAGAAUCUCUUUGACUAUUCAAUUAAAUGGAAACAACCAAUAAAUAUCUCCAAGACAGUAGUACAAACAUUCCACUCACAAGUCAAACCACCAGUAGUAGAAAUCAAGAUGAAUAGUAGAAAACUAGAAGAUGUUAAAACCUUCAAAUAUCUAGGUUUCAAAUGGUCUAAUAAGUUAUCACUAAAACCAACGGUUGAUGCAUGUCUUGAGAACGUACAAAGAUCUUUCGGGAAACUAAAAUGGCUUAAAGGGGAUGCAUUAAUCUCCCUCUGGCAGCAGAACUGCAAAGUUCAUGCUGACUCGAGUCAUGCUGAACUGAAGAAAGUGAUCCAAGAGCAAGAAAAGUUCAACAGUAACAAUUGGUCUCAUUGUGAAUUAGUAGCUAUGUUAGUGUCAAUGGGGUUAGUACUGGUAGUGGGUGUUAUAUAUAUUUAUUGUCAGCUGAUGCCGAUCUUACGCAUUGCUCGUACAAUUAGGAGAGCGAAUCAACCUAUAGCUCAGAAUGGUAUUCCACAUAAUAAUAGUAACAGUAAUCCACCAUACACAGCUCAACAUGUUUCGAGUCAUUGA